AUGAAAUAUGCUAUCCUAUUAGCUUCAAGAACGGAUGAAAGGUUAAUCAAUUCAAAUUUAGGUAAAAAUUAUAUCAAUUAUCAGGAAUUGAUUAUACUUGAUGAAAAGUCAAUCAAUUCAAGCUUAGGUAAAAACUAUAUCAAUUAUCAGGAAUUGAUUAUACUUGAUGAAGGGUCAAUCAAUUCAAGUUUAGGUAAAAACUAUAUCAAUUAUCGGGGAUUGAAUAUACUUGGACCAAAGAUGUUACUGUGA